AGUUUCUCUCUGCUUUUAUCGUCGUCAGAUACUCUCAGAAAGAAAAAGGAAAGAACAACAUUACCGUUACACAAUUUCACAAAAAAAAAAACAAAAAGCGCUCUUCGUCUUCUUCCUUCGAGACUCUUCUCUCUUCUAACAAGAAACAUCACCAAGAAAACUACUUCGUUCUUUACAAAGUUUUAAAAAACCUAUGGCGAACAUGAACACUCUUCACCAGAUGAUCUUCCCAGACGAGAACGCUCCGAUUCAUCGCGAAAAGUCUAUUGCUACUGCGGCUUCUGUGAAAUCCAAAGGAACUGUACUUGGUCAGAAGAAACCUGGUGGAGCUCGUAAGGCUCUGAAUGAUAUUACAAACAAGUCUGGGAUUCUUGCUAAAGCUUCUUCAAAGAACAAGCAAAUCGCUUCUGCUGCUGCUUCUACUGUGAAAGAUGAGAUUGACAUAGCUGGGGAAAGGUUCUUACACGAUCACAGCAAAUGCAUCAAACAGCAGCAGAAUAUGUGGGAUGAUCACUUCUCUGCUGAUCUCAUUCUACUUAACCAUGGUUCUAGCAUCAAGGAGAAGCAUCUCAGUUAUGACAUGGAAAAGAUGGAUGCUAAGAACAAUCUGACUUACGACGAACCAGAAGAGAUUGCAUCUCCCAAGUUGACUGAUUGGCUGAAGAGCUCAACUCCAUGGCGCUCCCCAGUUCGACAUGGCUCUAUGAUGAUGCCUUCCACUCCUCUGGCUUGGCGUUUCGAUUCAACUGAGUUCACACUCACCGAAGACUCUGACAUCUUCUAAGUUUCAGUUUCUUUAAUGUCUUCCAAAAAUUCAUCCUUCAGAUGAAAGUAGUAUUAGCGACUUAUCUUUUGUUCAGCUCUUCAUAAAACUACUCUUGUGUCUAUCACUUUGUAGUAACUGGUUUCAGGAAUUAAGGUUGGAAUCUUUUCAAGCAUUUGUGCAUUCAUCAAA